AUGGCUGUGUGCGAUGUUAAUGCGGCGUCUCCCCCAAUCGAGUUGACUCCGCUUAUCCGGAAACUUCGUCACGAGCUGUCUGAAAUUAGAGAAAGAGCGCUUAAGAAUAUUUUAUCUAAAUUAAAUCAUAAUUUGAUUACAUAUGACGAUUUGGUUCAAGAAAAGCUACUAUUUGUCAGUCUUUUAGAAUGGUUCAACUUUCCUGUAGUACCAAUGAAAGAAGAAGUUUUGAACUUAGUGACCAACUUGUUAAAGCGUCCUUCUGUUGUGGAACAAUUGGUUGGAAUUGGGGCAGUAGAGUUCUUCACUCAGCUUCGUCCCAAUGUGGAUUCUAGUCUACAAGCAGUGAUUGAUAGCAUUCUUGAUGGGCUGUUUGUGUUACCUUCAGACGUUAUCUUGGAUUAUCACACAAAGCCCUCUCAGGCUGAACCAGAAGCUAAUCCAGUAAAUCUCAAAGAAUCUCAUGCUGGAUAUUUUCAUCAAGGGAAAAAUCAAUCACAAGAGUCAGAAACGCCACCCAAACAGCCAACUGUGCAACAUGUAGUGAAAUGUCUGAAGUUUUCUACAUUUCCUUGGUUAUCCCUGACCACCACAGAUAGACAUGUUCUUUCAUCAAGUGAAAGAAUCUUCUGAGUCUAACAACCCUAGGCCUUGCAAAAGAUGGACAAC